AAGUUGCCCAUCGGGUUUCUCGGAUAACUUUUGGCCACCCGUACGAAAUCCUUCAUGAUAUCGUUCAGAUCCGACAAUGGAAGCUAUCGAGCUUGACGGGCGUGUAUUGUCCCUUUAAACCGAUACACUGCAUUGGCUGGUCCAGUUAUCUAUCAUAAAGCUAACCGAUAUUCAGAGUCCUUUCGUUGAGUGUUUUAUCUUGAGCCUUUACGCAACUGUUUCUAUGAUCAAUUGGGAUGCCAUUCGCAAGCAAGGCACUUGUGAUCAUGGGGGCCUAAUCUUGGUGGAAAAGCUUCGCCAGUUGACAUAACGGAACAAGAGGGUACGGAUCAUCGACUUCUCGUUGAUUGCCACAUGGGAACCCUCGAUGUAUCCUUUCCCCGUUAUCUACUUGUAUUAGUCCUCCAUCAGGAAGAAGAUUUCUUACCGAGGCUGAAGAGAAGAUUGUUUUGGUUAUCGAUAAAAAUGACGAGGCUGGGUCUUGACUCUUAGGUUGCUCUGAAAUGAGCCCCACUUGAAGCUAGCUCUAGGACAUUGGAAAAAGGUGGGGGCACAAGGCUCAAGUAAAAUUCUAGAGGAUUCUUCUCCAACAAACUCUCCUCUCUUUUCAACUCUUCACGUUCUGCUCUUCUCUCUCUACCUUUCCUUUGCUAUUUAUUGACUUAUUGGCCACUGCUCACUCUCUUUCCUUUCAACAUCUUCUCUACACCUCCUUCACUAAACUUCAUCAUCUAGUACACCCCUUCGACCGACUUCACAAUGGUUCUACACAACCCCAACAACUGGCACUGGGUCAACAAGGACGUCUCAGCAUGGGCCAGAUCCUACUUUGACGAGAGCCUCACAAAGGUUCAGGCCGAGGAGGGUGAGGUCAAGGCCAAGAUUGAUAAGAUCCAGAGCAUGGAUGGCGAUGUCGAUGUCAGCCAACGCAAGGGCAAGGUAAUUACCAUCUUUGACGUCAAGCUGGUGCUCCAAUAUUCUGGAUCUGCUCCCGGUGAGGAUGAUGUUUCUGGUACCAUUACUGUGCCUGAGAUCGCCCACGACACGGAAGAAGACGAGUACGUGUUCGACGUAGACAUCUUUGCCGAGUCAAAGGAGAAGCAACCCGUGAAGGAUCUUGUCCGAUCAAUGAUCGUGCCCCAGCUGCGCCAGGAAUUCCAGAAGCUUGCCGGCGCCCUCAUCGCCGAGCAUGGUAAGGAUAUCCAGCAUGCUCCCGGCUCCAACCCCUCAAGCGGUUUCUCGACCCCCAAGAUUCACCCUCAGAGCUCCACUCCUAAGCCAGCCGCCACUUCCAGCACUCAAAGUAAGACCGGCGGUGUCGUAAACACCACUACUGUGACCGACAACGAAGAGUUCCGAACUACUGCUGAAGAACUGUACCAAACCUUUGUCGACCCUCAACGAAUCGCUGCUUUCACACGAUCUCCUCCCAAGGUCUUCGAUGGCGCCAAGGUCGGUGGAAAGUUUGAGCUGUUCGGCGGCAAUGUGUCUGGCGAGUAUCUCGAGCUCGAGGAGCCUAAGAAGAUCACACAAAGCUGGCGACUGAACCAGUGGCCUGCCGGUCACUUCUCCAAGCUGCACAUCGAGUUUGACCAGAACGACGUCGACCACGUAACCGUUAUGCGAGUCAAGUGGGAGGGUGUUCCUGUCGGCCAGGAGGACGUUACCAAGCGCAACUGGCUCGAGUACUACGUUAAGAGCAUCAAGCAGACUUUCGGGUAAGUUCAUUGAUGGCUCUUCUUGCUUAGUUACUUAUACUGACUACGAGGCCUUAGCUUCGGCACCAUUUUGUAAGCAUGCUACAAGACUAAGGAGUCGUGGAGUUGGGGUAAACACAAGGAUAAUACGCUCUCUAGAUGAGGGUAGUGACGGGGGGUUGCAUGGUCGCUGCUUUGGUGGAGGAGGGCGAGGGUCGUCUUGGGUGAUCUACACAAGACCUAGAAGCGUGUGGUUACGAUAUCAUGAGAGACGUAAAGUAAAGCAAAAUGAAAUAAUGCAUCAAUGGUCAAGAGUCAUAUUGUGUCAUGAGUUAUACGAAGAAUGUCUGAUGCCUCG